AUGAUCACACCAGAUCCCAAUCAACACAACAACGGUGAUGCUAUUUACAUUCUACAUGUAAAAGAAAACAACAUUCCAGUAUCUCAGCCGCCUGUUGUUUACAUGCAGAAACGAGUCGUACGUGUGGCUCCAAUGAAUACCGCCGGUAAUUGUUUAACUCCCACACGAGAAACUCAACAACAAUAUCAAUAUCAAUAUCAUCAUCAUCAUAUGAAUAAUUAUAAUAAUACCCCACCCAAAUUACUCCCAUCCCCUUCACACACUUAUCAACAACAGCGAUCUCCACAAAUUCAACGAUCUCCACAAAAUCAACAACAACUAUACACUCAACAUAUGAACGGAAGAGCCUCAACUCCACAGCGGAGUGGUGUUGGUGUGUAUCCACCGCCGUUAUUAUCACCACUACCACCACCAACAACGGCAUAUCAAUAUCAUGAUGAUAAUGAUAAAGAUAAACAUAAACACUGUCAGUUAUUACCGGCAUUAAAACGAAAGUUAACUUCCACCAAAUCAUCCAAUAAAAACAAGGAUAAGGAUAAAAAUAAAAAGGGUAUUAGAAAAGAAGGCUCAUCCCCACUGGGAUUGAAUGGUCGUUGUUGUAUGUGCCGUAAAAAACAAUCUGUGUUUCUAUUGGAGCCCUGUCAUCAUCUCUGUUUAUGUGAAGAGUGUGCACCGCAGCUGAAGGGGCGGAAUUGCCCUUGUUGUCAUUAUAUGUUCACAAGGAUUACACGUGUGUAUGGCACUUAA